AUGAGUACCAACCGGGAGGACCAUGUGAUCCUGUGUCAAAAGGCCAUCGGGCUGGUCAACGAAUUGUGUACCAAGAACCUUCUGGAACAUGAGAAGUGCCUGGAGUUUGUGUUUUCUUCCUCGGAUCAGCUCCCCAGUGUAACUGAGACAGAUAUUUCCAUCAGCUUGCUUGCAGUGAUACUUAUUUUCUGUGGAUUGGCCCUAGUGCUGGCCUUUCUCUUCAUAUUCUGGAAGCUGUGUUGGGUUCCCUGGAAGAAUAAGGUUCUCUCGAAUACCUCCGUUCCUGGGGACACGGCCAACAAUACCAGCACGGAGCACGACAAAGAGAUGACGGACAAACCCAAGGAGUCCACAUCUAUGAGCUUCCUUGAAGCAGCUAUGAAGAUCAGUCACACAUCACCUGAUAUCCCAGCAGAGGUUCAGAUGUCCAUGAGAGACCACAUCCUACGCCACACACGGAUACAGAGACAGACAACAGAGCCAACGUCUUCCUCCAGGCACAGUUCCUUUAAGAGGCACUUGCCAAGGCAGAUGCAUGUAUCGAGUGUUGACUUCAGCACAGACUCCUUGCCGCACAAAGAACAAGCGACAAGUAUCGGCAGGAUCAAACCAGAGCUCUACAAACAGAAAUCCGUGGAUUCGGAGGAUACAAAGAAAGAAGGUGGGAAAACCUGCGGGAAAAUCAACUUCAUGCUGAAAUAUGACUACGAGAAUGAAAUGUUGAUUGUUACCAUCCUCAAGGCUUUUGACCUGCCUGCAAAAGACUUUUGCGGAAGCUCGGACCCCUACGUAAAAAUCUACCUUCUCCCCGAUCGGAAAAGGAAGUUCCAGACCAGGGUGCACAGAAAGACACUCAAUCCGACUUUCGAUGAGAGCUUCCAGUUUCCUGUGUCCUAUGAUGAACUUGCCAGCAGGAAACUACACUUAAGUGUGUACGACUUUGACAGGUUUUCCAGGCAUGACAUGAUUGGGGAGGUGAUCUUAGAGAACCUGUUUGAGAUCUCAGACCUCUCCCGGGAUACCUCCAUCUGGAAGGAUAUUCAAUACGCCACAACUGAAAGUGUUGACCUGGGAGAAAUCAUGUUCUCUCUCUGUUAUCUACCCACUGCUGGCCGACUGACAUUGACAGUCAUCAAAUGCAGGAAUCUCAAAGCCAUGGACAUCACUGGUUACUCUGAUCCGUACGUCAAGGUGUCUUUGCUGUGCGAAGGUCGAAGGUUAAAAAAGAAGAAAACAACCAUAAAGAAAAACACGUUAAAUCCUACUUACAACGAGGCGAUUAUCUUUGACAUUCCUCCAGAGAACAUGGACCAGGUCAGCCUACUGAUCUCAGUCAUGGACUAUGACCGUGUUGGCCAUAAUGAGAUCAUUGGAGUGUGUCGCGUGGGCAUCAAUGCUGAAGGUCUGGGGAGGGACCACUGGAAUGAGAUGCUGGCAUACCCACGGAAACCAAUUGCACACUGGCACCCCUUAGUAGAGGCGGUGGGUGAAGGCACACUUGCGGGGGAAGGAAGCGGUUGUGAAGGGUAUAGUGGUACCUCCUCCACAUUUCUGUGGCAAGGACGUGCAGCCAGCUUUGACAGCCAAGGAUCCUGUCCAUCUCCUAAACCUCCGGCAACGCCAUGAUUCCCAGUGUAAAGAGGUUCUGUGGAUCCUUCAUGUGUUUUGAACAUAAUGUAAAGUCAGUCUCUUUCCUCACAGGAAAACUAUAUUAAGCUCUGAAAAAAUGGACACAAGUAUGAGGAUAGCUUGUCCUUGCCUGGACAGUAAGCAAAUCCGAAAAUUGGGUGAUUUUCAGACGUUUAUGCAAGAAGGAGACAGGAGUGUUGUUCUGGAGCCAUAGCUGUAAAUAAGAGGGAGGCACAAGGGAACAUUGUGUUCUGCACUAGGGAGAGAGAUGGAGACCAAAUGUUUUCAGCGACGUGCAAAAUUUGUAUAAUCUGUAUGAGCAGCUGAAACCCACACUUAGGUUUGAGUCAUGUGCCUCAAAAAAUAAUGAUUCUCUUUGUGUUAAAAUUUCCAUUACUUGUGUUUUCUUUGACAUGCUGUCAAUAUAAUUUCAGUUCCAUAAAAGACCAAACUAUACAUUUACCAUAGAUCAAACUUUGCAAUAGUUCAGCAACCUCAGGCUAUCAAAAUAUUAGGCAACUAACUUUACAAUGUUUUUAUUGUGUAGAAAGCAUUAUUGAUGUAUAAACUUUAAUUUUAACCUGGCAAAAGCAUGCUUAAAAGGUGAUGUUUAACUUGUAGUACAUCAAAGAAACAUAGAAGACUCUUGGCUUUAGGUUAUUAUGUAAUUUGCUGAACUGUUAAGAUUAAUGAAUGGUUGGGGUCCUAUGAGUUAACAAAUUUAUGAUUUUCUAGGCAACAACACAGAUAAUGAAUCAGCGUUUUAUAUGGAUCUCACCUCCAAUGCUCCGUCCCCCAUUCCCUAUCAAGCUGGAAUGUAAUCCUGGGUUCUGUUCAAUGUGUUGAGACUUGACUGAAGGAGGGUUUUGAUUGGUUAAAGUCUAGGCUUGAACUCCAAAAUAUCCAGCCAUUGGAGAUAAAGUCUCAAAUCCUAAUGGUUAAGUUCAGUACUGUUCCAGUACAGAGAACCCGGAGACAUUUAUUGCUCUGUCACUGUGGUUUGAGCCUAGCUCUAGAACUCCAGAUUAAAAGUGUUUUUUUAGUCACCCUUUAUUUACACCAUGGAGUCUUCUGGACGCUGACUCAGCUCUCUCAGAGCCCGCUCUGAGUCAACAGGAUAUCUGUUUAUAUCUGUCAGCCAGGGCUCCCUGGUUGGACCAGAAUAACAGCCCCAAUCAAGGAACUGAUAUUCUAUGACAUCCACCUGGCUGACCUCAUUAUAAAUCACUACAUCCCUCCCCCUCUCAGUCUGAGGACAUAGGCUAGUUCUAUUUUUUGCAGCUCCUACUGAGACGUUUUGGCACAGGUCAGCAUCCUCCAACUCUGCCUCAGAUGCGGGCAGCAUGUAAUACACAGUAGCGUGCCUCUUGUGUCUGUAGCGUCUAUGAGAAAUUCAUUCUCCUCUUCAGGCAGCAAAGGUGUUAAGCUGGUGACGUCUCCCUUGUCCAUCUCAGGAAUCUUCAAUGCUUGACGGACAGUGACAACCCGCAAGUUUCUGCUCAGUUGGAAAGGCUGUCGAGGAGCCUGGCAUGUUUUGCUCCAGCAAUGUUUGCAAGUUCACAGCUGUCAUACGGUCCAUGUGCUUGUUCAUGCCAGUUGCACCUUUUCAAACUUUAUACGUCACUGGAACUCAGCUCACGUCAACCUUGCCUCUCACCCAUCAUUCCCAUGGUUCCUACACCAAAUUUCUUCCUCUGAACUAGACUGUCUUUUGCUUUGUGGAAUCUUACACGCAUGCGCGUGUGCACACACACACAUGCGCACACACACAUAUGCAAACACGCACGCAUACACGCAUAUGCACAUACAUAUAUACACACACAUAUGCACAUGCGCACACACACAUACACGCACACACAUGCACGCGUGUGCACACGCAUAUGCACAUGCACACACAUGUGCAUAUGUGUGCGCGCGUGCACACACAUAUGCAAACACACGCGCACGUAUAUACACACAUAUGCACACGCACACGCGCACACACACAUACACGCACGCACACGCACACUUCUGAGAAGAGCCAAUUUAACCAGGUGGGCAAUCUUCACACCAUUAGCAACCUUGCUUAAGUCAUUGAGUUGUCCCUGUAGUGGCAUGAGGGCUGUUCCUGUAAUCAAACAAGA